UCCGUCUGUUCUCUCCUCCUGUAAACACGUGUGAGGAGCGUGUGGGGACAUUUAAUCAUUUAACUUAAACUACGCACUCUUAAAAACCUCCUCAAGAUGGCAAAAAGCCUGCGGAGCAAGUGGAAGAGGAAGAUGCGCGCAGAGAAGAGGAAGAAGAACGCCCCCAAGGAGCUGGCUCGUCUGAAGCAGGCUCUGAAUUCGGACAAGAAAGCAGACGCUCUCAUGGCCGACGUGCAGGAGAUCGCCACCGUGGUGUCGGCGGAGCAGAUCAUAAAGCAGCAGGCUGAUGACGAGGGGAAGAUGGACAUGGACGCCAAACGCAACAAGACAACCCUGUUGGACGAGAACGGACAGUACCCGGUGUGGAUGAGCCAGCGUCAGGCCAAGAAGAUGAAAGGCAAGCGGAUGGCAAAGAAAGGUGGAAAGGGCAAGAAGAAGAAGGGCAUUGCCUGGUGAGCCAGAGGAAACCUACGGAUGGUUUUCUUGGCUUCAAAGACUAUUGUUGCAGAAACACACAGGAUCGUUUCUUGUACUGAUCUCUACAUGACAACUGUCACUGGCUGCUGUCGGAUCCUUCACUCGCUCAGGCCUGCUGCUGUAGAGAGAUCCACUGCAGGAGCAUGUUGGUUCUGAUGGAACCGCAGCUUCAUCUCCAUGUUAGGCCAAGUUUUACGAAAAUACGACUUUAUGUAAAAUAUGUUUGUCUGAAUACAACAUAACAGAUGAUUGACAUAUAUUCCCCACUGCAGUUUGAAUCUGUGCUUUUCUGAUAAAAAAAUGAACUGAU